AUGAUCAACAAGACCAUCGCCAAGCUCGUCGAUCUAGCUUAUCUACUCUUGGUCAGUAAGGCUAGGAAGUUGAAUUACCCUGGAUACCAGUGCGAUGUCAAGAAGCCCGAGGUAGCGUGGCUGGCAUUCACGGCUUUUCAGAAGGUGUUAAGGGCGAAGCAGUCGGGGUAUGGCGAUGUAUUGGCUUGGCUUGAGAUGGAGAUUGGGAAGUUGGCUCUAACCAAAGAGAUUCGCAAGGGGCGAGUGAGUAGCUUACAUUUGUAG